GUAAAUAUAUAUGUUUAUAUUGUUUUUUGUAGAAAAAAAUGGUACGCACUGUAAGGUGCCAUCGCAAAGUAUCCCUUCUCCGGUAAGAUCCCGUGAUGUUCACAGCCUUCUGUAUGAUUCAGAAGACUCUGCCAUGUGUUUAUGAACUGAUUUAUACCACUAGUCUCUACUAGACCCAAUAUGACUAGGCCUAUCGGGAUUUCCCAUUGUACCUGUUCAGGGCUCUGGAGGUCUGGGAGUGUUCCUUAUUAUCCCAAAACAUCUUUUGGCGGUGUGUGUGGUGCGAAUAGGUUAAGAACACCAUUGCACUGUCCGCCUUUAUUAGAGAGGUCGUUUCUACACCAAGAUUAUUCCACAAGUAGGAAAGUGACGAAGCGAAGCACAAGCACAAACACCAAAGCAAAAGUCAAUACAAUUAAUAGUAGUAAAAGCACCGGGAAAGGUAGUACAGGCUGUUCCAAACAAGGCAACAAUGUCACAUCCAAAGGAAAGAGACCUACAGGCUCCUCUGCACAAUGGAUUAAACGGCAACUCGCUGAUCCCUGGGCCAAAUUAGCGGCAGACAGUCACUAUGCGAGUAGAAGUGCAUUUAAACUGCAGCAGAUUGACGAUAAACAUCGGUUCCUAAAGCCGGGCAGGACUGUGAUAGACUGUGGCGCUCGACCCGGGGGGUGGUCACAAGUGUCCGUGGAACGAUGCUGCAGACCACCGAAGAAUCGGAGUGUGAAAAACUUUGUGCCUGGUGUAGUCAUCAGCGUCGAUAUAUGCGGUAUGGGACUAAUUUUCAGAGGUGUAUGA